AAAUAGCACGCAACCAUACUGAAAGUGAAGAUGACUCUGGCGCAGCUGCUUCCACCAGUAGUUCAACAAGUCAACAGCAUUCAAAUGCUGAUAACAAAGUGUUUCCAUCUUAUUCCUUCCAGGAGAAGAAAUGGAGAGCUUCUGCAUAUGAUUAUGAAGCACGUUUUUGUGGCCAUUGUAAUACGACGACAGAUAUUAAGGAAGCCAACUUUUUUGGAAGUUGUGGACAAUAUAUUGUUGCUGGAUCAGAUGAUGGGUCUAUUUUUAUUUGGGACAGAGUAACAACAAAUAUUGUUAGAGUGCUACGAGGAGAUGAUUCUAUAGUAAAUUGCCUUCAACCCCAUCCAAGUACUUGUCUCUUAGCAACAAGUGGCAUUGAUCCCGUAGUAAGGUUAUGGGGUCCUAGAGCGGAGGAUGGUUCCAAAGAAGACCGUGAGAUCUUGGAUUCUGAUGAUGCAGCUUUUGCAAAUCAAAGGAGAAUGAAUGCAGAUCCCUUAGAAAUUAUGCUAAUGAAUAUGGGCUAUCGUUUACCAGAUAUAUUUAUGAUUCUUCCAUGAAAAACUACAAGUGGCUAAGAAGAAAAAGAGAAAAGUUACAAGCUAUAGGAACAAAACUGUAAAGAAAAUUUAGUAUAGAACAGCUAUUCACGAUUGGUAGUAUGCAAAGAAAGUAUUUUUAACUAUUAAAUUUUCCUCAAACAUUCGUAAAUUUACGGAAUAUGAGCUUUAUUCAAGGUCAAUAGCCGCUCAUAGACUUCAGUAAAACAAUCUAUUUUUAUUUUCACAAAUAUUCUUUGAGGAGUAGAUAAAACAAAAUUUGUCAUAAAUGAUGUUUUUAAAGGUAGUAAUAGAAAUGGAUGUUGUAUUUAAUAGGAAAUAAAAAUAAAUUCCUACAAAAAGAUAAUAGUGUCUCAUUAAUUCUUUUACAGUUGAUUGAUUUAUUUGCAUGUCUGCACUUUAUUUCUCCACCAUUUCUGCGCUUAUAUCACUCUGUUUUCAAUUAGAAUAAUUUUUUACGUCAAUUUCGUUUCUCUAACUGCAGGCAUUUUGUCUUGUUGCUUAUGUAUUCAUUACUUUUCUGCACGAUUUGGGAAUAUUGUCGUCUGUUUUUGAAGAACUCAUCAUAUAUUGUGCAUUUAAAUAUCUCUGAUAAAAAUAAUAAAACGCACUUAGAUUUUCAAAAUGGAAAAAUGGGUAGUACUGAAUAAGCGUAGAAGUGGUGAUUUCUACGCUAUUUUCAUGUUCUGGUUGUUUAAAAAUGCCUAGAACGAGGUAUCUUACAUUAGAAGGAGCCCUUCAAAGAUUUUUUGAUGCAGAAACAGAUGAUGAUAAUGUUAAUAAUGACCAGAAUGAAACUGAUGCUGUUGUUGUUUCCCCAGAAAUUGCAGAGGCUAGUGGCGAAGAAGAAAGGAAUAGCAAUGUUUAAAAUGAUGAUAUUUUACCAAAUGAUACUGCUGUGGAUGUUGAAAUUCACGUGAAAAGUAAGUUUCAGCCUUCUAAAAGCAGUUAUAGUCCUACUAAAAAGUUUAAAAAGCAGAAGAGAUAAAAAAGGAACUGUUAAUUAUGUCUCAGGAAGAACAUGAAGAAAGAUAGAAGAGAAA